AUGAAACGUAAGCAUGACCAUGUCAUACGUGACAUAGUAAUUUCUAGUGAAAUGAGUUACCACAAAAAUGUUCUCAAAAUUAUAGGCUAUUGCUUAGAGUUUGACAGGGUAGCUUUGGUUUACGAAUAUUCACAAUUUGACUAUCUCUUCAACUGUACUGAAUUCUUGACAUGGGAAAAAAGAGUUAAAAUUGCUAUAGAUAUUGCAAGUGUGAUUCUUUAUCUUCACACUGAAUUUCCAAGACCAAUUAUUCAUAGGAAUUUAACCUCCAAUAAUGUGAUUUUGGACCAAAAUGGGGUUGUGAAAUUGUACAAUUUUGAAUGUUGUAUACCACUUCCAGUUGGUAAAGUACACGUACAGGAUGAGUUAAUAGGGACAGUUGGUUACUUAGAUCCUGAAUAUGUGUGGUCUAGUAAUGUUACACUAAAAUCAGAUGUUUUUAGCUUUGGUCUGUUUAUGCUUAUGUUGUUGAGUGGGAAAGAAAUUAAGGUAAAUCAUGAGGGAAAAUAUUAUAGUGACGAUUAUGGUUUGAUUUCUUUGGAGAAUUAUGCAUCACUAUGUAUUGAGAACAAUAAGUUAGAGGAUAAUCUUAUUGAUUCCAAGAUUUUGCAAGAGGAACAAAAGAAGUUGAAGGCAUUUUUGAAUUUGGCUUUGAGAUGUGCUAAAAAAGUUGGAGAAAAUAGGCCAAAUAUGAUUGAUGUUGCUAGAGAGCUUCAAAGAAUCAAGAAGGGUGAGUUGCAAGCAUUGUUGCCUACAAUGGAGUGUCUUAUUGUCUGGAAUUGA